UAGUAACUAAACAUUGAAACCCAAGUCAAAUUGUACUCUUCCUAAAACCUCCUCCAACCAUAUACACAUCAUCCAACAAUAAUCUAGAGAGAGAAAAUCGGCCACCAUGGACCACCACCACUACCGCCACCACCACCAAGGGCACCAGCACCAACACCAACACCACGAGAACCACCACCAUCAACAACCUCGCCAACACCACCCUCAACUCAUUGAUUCCUCCUCCUCCAGGUACUUACCUCUUCACCCUCCUCCUCCUCCCCCUUCUUUUCCCGACGACCACCCUAGUUUCUUUCCUCCACCACACCGCCACCUUCCUCCUCCCCCUCCUCCACCGCAACACCACCCUCUCUCUCCUCGCCUCCUUAUCCACCAUCCUCCUCCCCCGCCGCCUCCUCACUCUCUUUCCUCUCACCCUCACCCUCACCCUCACCAUAAACCCUAUGACGAUGUUAAUUUUGUCAAUUCUCCCCCUCACCACCACCACAACAAUCACCAGCACCACCACCAGCUGCAGCAUCGUCGCAUUCUCGACGACGAUCAUAGAGAUGUAUUCCGAUCUCCAACUAGGGUAAUUCCGCCUAAUCGUGUUCAUAUUUAUGAUAAUCAUCAUCAUCAUAAUUUCGAAGAAAUUGAUCGUCGUCCUCGUUUUCAAUUAUCUGAACUUCCACCUCCGCUUCCUCCCCCUCCUCCGCCACCCUCUUCUAGGGUUCCGCCUCUUUCCCCUGUUGCUCGUCGAUCUCCUCCUCAAUUUGUUCAAUUUGAUAGGGUUAGGCGUGAGAUUGAUAGUCCUCCUAGGUUUAGGGAGGAAUUGAAUUUGGAGCCUCGUGUUAGGGUACAUCCUGAUACAACUGAGUAUCAAUUGCGUCGCGAUUGGGUUGAUGAUCGUAGAGUUUUGGGGGUUUUUGAUAGAUUGGAGGGUGAAUUUAGUCGUGAUCAUGAUCGUGAUCGUGACCGGGAUUUUGAGUACCAUGAAAAGUACUAUCCUGAGAUGGUGCCAAGGAAGGAGAUUGAACCGAAUUCUAGCGAAUGCCGUCGAGGGUCAUUGAAUGAUGAGGUAUUGUUGAGGGUUGGAAAACAGGAUGUUGUAUUGGAGGAGAAUACCAAUAUGAGGCGUGGUAGUGGCGGCGGCGGUGGUGGUGGUGGUUCGAGAGAAGUGUCUCGUUCUCCCAUCAAGUUUCGGAUUGGUGGGAUUAAGGUUGAUGAUGAAUUAAGUAAUCGGGGGAGAAAGGAAGAGGCUCAAGAGUAUAGUAAUCGCGGUACCCCUAAGAAGAAUGUGCAGAAGAAAAGUGCCUUUCUUAGGAUACAACCAGGGAAACACCAACAACAUAGUAGUAGUAGUUUUAGGAAUAGGUUUGAUAAUAGUAAUAACAAUAAUAAUAAAACUCCUAGUCCACACAAAGGUAAAGAGUCGAAUUCAGAGUACUUAGAUCGUAGUAGGGUAAGUGAAGAGAAAGUGAGAAGCUCUGUUGAUCUUGAUGUGUGUUUUAAGUCGAAUGCUUUAGUGGCUAAGCCAAUCAUGGCCGCCCCUUCGUGUUCUGGGGUAGAUUGUAAUGUGAAUAGCUCUUCAGGUAUUAGGAUAGGUGGUGAGAGUCUUUCAAAAGUAGAGUGUCUUGCAAAUGAUUUGUCUGUAUCUAAAAGGGAAGAGAAAGAGAAAGAUGUUAAGAAAAGAGCUAGAUUGUCUGUUCUUAUGAAAAGACUUGGUAAUCCAAAUACUGUGGAGGUACGCGGUAAUCAUUCUGAGUCAGUUUUGAAUGGCGAGGUUUUGGGGAAGGAUGAUAAGAAUGCUGGAUUUGAUAAUGUAUCUUCUCCUACUGUUAGGAAGAAGAGGAAAGUCAUUAGCCCUCUUUCCCGCCUAUCUAAAUCAGUUCCCGCAAAGACAGAUACUGGGCUUUUGAAUUCUGGUGUUUCUGUAAAGCAUUUAGAGAAGGAGUUAUCUUGUGGUGGGGAUGUUAUUGAUUCAAAUCAAAAUGUAUUUGUGGAUACUGAAAAAGUUGAUGUUAAUAAAUCCCCAUCUGUGGUAGAUCAAGAGAAAGUUGUGGGUCAUUCUGUUUCCGAAGCAUCUGUCUCUAAGAGAAUGAGGGAGAUUGGAAUGUUGGAGAAUCUUCCUGAUUCAACAGUGUCAUUGGGGACUGGAUUUUCUGAAGGUCAUGGAAAUACUAAGGGAAUUUUACAAGACAAGCAAAGAAUCUCAAAUCCAGAUGAAGAUGAAGAUGCUUCAAAAUCUGAGAAAGAUAGUCCAGACAUUUAUACUGAAAAAGCUAGUGUCAAGGAUCAGGAUAUGGCUCCUGUGUUGGUCAAUAAUAGUUCUGAGGAAGGUUCCUCAGAGUUGGUGAUAUGCGAGGGAGACAAUGUGAAUAAUAGUGACAAUUAUUGUGGAAAUGUGGAUGCUUUGGAUUCUGUAGCCAUCGUGAAUUCCGUCCCAGUUCCCGGUAGUGUCUCAAACACGAGAGAAAAUAAAGUGGAUUUAACAUGCCCAUUGGUUGAUGCUGAUAAGCCUUGUGAAACGCAGGUCAUUUCUUUACCCGAAAAUGCUACUAUUGGACUAUCAUUGGGGAGUUUGUAUUCGGAUAGGGAUUAUGAGCCGGAGUCGAGGAAUUCUGAGGAUUAUGCCAAGUUUGGGGGAAGUUUAUCAAUUGAUGUAUCCAGUGACAACAGAACUUCACCCAGUUGUGAUGAUGAUAUUACUAUUGGUUUAAAACAUAUACUAAACAGUGUUUCUGAUUCCAGAGUUACUGAUGACAUUCAGGAGCAACAAUGUCGAGGUUCAGACACCACGUUAGUCAAUGAUGAUAUUACAUUAGGAAGAGAACAAAAUCCAACCAGUAGUAUUGUUGCAGGAGGUGUCUUGGCUUUUCCUGUUAAAGAGGAUACUGCUCUACUCAACAGAAAGAGAAAAGCUGAAAGUGAGCCAGAUGCUUUAGAUUCAAGAAUAUCUGAAUCGUGUCAUGCGAGUGCUGUGAGUCUAAGCUCUCCUAUUGAGAAUGCUAUGAUUUCUGUAGAGAAACAUAACUCUGCAGUUUCAGGGUCACCAUUUGUGGAAUCAGAUAUUCCGGAUGGAAAUGAAUUUGCUGGAAGUUGUGUUAAGGGUAUGAAUUCCACGAGUCAUCCUUGUGAUUUAGAUCCAAUUGAGAAUUCUUCUUCUAGUUGUGGUAAGAAAAGGAAAAUAUUUCCGUUGGAAUCAGUUUUCUCUGACGCUCCAGGGUCUGAGAGUUCUGAGUUACCUGCAUCUGCAAAGACCUUGACAACUAUAGCUGAUGGGAACUCGACUAACCAUUCUCAGCAAUUGGCAGAAGGAUUUGAAAUUCAGAAGUCUGUAAUUGCUGUAAAAGAUGCAGUUGAUGAACCAGCCAGUAGUUUGUGUGCAGAAACAUGUAGCUUUUCUGACAACCAAAUCUCUGAUAUCUUGUGCACAGAUUCAUGUUUAUCUAUCUCAAAGAGUUCCCCUCCAGAUGCAAAUCAAUCUUAUUUACCAGAAUCCGGGUGCAAUCAGAAGGUAGAUGGGAAUUUGAUGACUACUGGAGCCAAUGAUGUGAUCAUUGCAUUAGAAAGAAUAUGUAGAAUGGCAACUGAUAGAAUGAAUAAGUUGCAAUGUUUGCCGCCUGAUCAUACCGGGGAUGCAGAGCAAAUACCUCUGGAAAAGAAUAUGGAUUGUGUUGAUACUAUUGUUCUAAAUACUAAUCCUUCCUCUUUGUCUGGGUGUUUGCAGACAUGUCCUGAAUCUAUUUGUGGCGGAGAGACUACUAAUUCUGAUGUGUUAAAUACACCAUCCAACUUUCGCUUUCCUGGGGGUUGCUCUGUCUUUUCCUCCUCGUUGGGUACGUCCAUUUCCAGUCCAGCGAUUCACGUGACCUCAGGUGAGAAGCUGAGUGAAGAUGUCAAAAAAACAAAUCAACCUUUUGUAACACAGAGCUCAUUUACCUCCCAAGCCAAUUCACUUCCUGAAAGUCAUAAGAACAACUCAAAGCCAGGUAUUUCUGCUUCAUUAGGUAUUAAGAAAACUGUAUUACCGUCAAAGCAGGUCAAGACUACAAUGCCCAGUUCAAGUUCUAUGAUUAGACAGAGAAGGAAUGUUCUAACUCGUGUGGGAACAAGUCCUCCUACCAGCCAUCCCUCAUCUGUGGUUAACCCCUCUAACAAAACACAGACCUUUCCAGUAAAACCUCGAACAUGGCAUCGAACAAGUAACUCAACAGCUUCAAACAUACCAGUGAAAAAGCCAUCUGUGGCAAUUCCUCCUCCACAUCGGUCAAGUAACUCAACAGCUUCAAACAUACCAGUGAGAAAGCCAUCUGUGGCAAUUCCUCCUCCACUUCGGACAAGUAACUCAACAGCUUCAAACAUACCAGUGAAAAAGCCAUCUGUGGCGAUUCCUCCUCCACACAGGGCACUGUAUGGGAAAGCCUUGAAGGUUAAGGACACUUCUUACAUUCGGAAAGGUAACAGUCUUGUAAGAAAUCCUGUUUCUGGUGCAACCACCUCAGGAUCUCGUGCUUUUGGUGCAUCCAUCGAUCGUCCAAAGCCAAAUAAGACAGACAGCAUUGGGAAGAUGGUGGGCGCUGUGAUGACUGAGUCUAUUAAGUUACCUGUUGGCCUUGUGACAGGAGGGCGAAGCACACCCAUUGAAAUGCCGAAGACGCCUCCAUUACCCUGCAGUGGUAAGACAUCGGAUAAUGAUGUUGUGUACUCUGGAGAAUGUGCAUCUUCUUUACAUGUAGAUCAUGCUGAAGGAACAGACAAUGAAGAGGCACUCAGAUCCUCUGAUGCUCCAUCGGAUUCUUGUAGGGAUCCUGAAAUUGUUGUGAGCAGAAAUUUGGAGGAUCCUGGUAUUUUGAGCGACGGAGAUUUGCUUGGAUCGACUUCAAAGAGUAUGAUUUACAUAAAGCGCAAAUCAAAUCAAUUGAUCGCUGCUUCAGAGUCCUCUCAAUCGUCGUUGCAUAGCAUAGACAAGGCAACUGCUGCAUCUUCAGAUACCAAUUACUAUAAGAGAAGGAAAAACCAACUCAUUAGAGCUUCCUCGGAUGGUAAUAUCCAGCAAAUGGCUGUUGUUUAUAAAGAUAGUUCCAAGUUACUUUCUCAAAGGGAUCUUCAUGUUUCCUCUGGUAGAAGCUUUACCAAAAGACUAUCAAAUAAAGUUAAAUCUUCCAAAUUUUCGCUUGUUUGGAAGUUGGGUGAUUCCAUGUCCUGUGGUAAAGGUGUUGAUGUAUUGAGAUCAGGGAGACUACUUUCCCACUUGUUGCCUUGGAAACGAGCUACUUAUUGGAGUCGAAAACCAAUUUCUUCAAGAAAGAGGGGUGCUGUGUAUGUAAGGUCAGGUCGUGGUUUUUCUUUAAGAAGAUCAAAGGUCGUAAGUCUCCCUGGAACCAGUUUAAAAUGGUCUAAGUCCAUGGAAAAGCGUUCGAAGAAGGUUGGAGAGGAAGCUGCUCUGGCAGUUGCUGCAAUGGAUUCUGUGCAAAAAUCUGGAUCUGUAGGUGUUAGUUCUAAAGCAGAGAGCGGUGCAACUUCUUUGCAUAAACUAGUUCACGGCUUGAAGCGGUACCCAGGAGAGAGAAUAUUUCGUAUUGGUAUGUUUCGAUACCGUAUGGAUCCUUCAAGGAGGACUCUUCAAAGGAUAUCAGAUGAGGAAGCAUCAGACAUUACUGCUUCAAAGACAGAAAAGGAUGCCAGAAAAACUUAUGUGCCAAAGAGGCUUCUAAUUGGAAGCGAUGAGUAUGUACGGAUUGGCAAUGGGAACCAGCUUGUUAGAGACCCAAAGAGACGCACUCGCAUUUUGGCUAGUGAAAAGGUCCGAUGGAGUUUGCACACUGCUAGGAUGCGACUAGCCAAAAAACGAAAGUUCUGCCAGUUUUUUACUAGAUUUGGCAAAUGCAACAAGGGCGAAGGGAAAUGUUCAUUUAUCCAUGAUCCAUCUAAAAUAGCAGUCUGCACAAAAUUCUUGAAGGGUUUAUGUGUUGAUCCGAACUGCAGAUUGACUCAUAAGGUUAUUCCUGAAAGAAUGCCAGAUUGUUCAUUUUUUCUACAAGGCUUAUGCUCCAACGAGAAAUGUCCUUAUAGGCAUGUGAAUGUGAAUCCAAAAGCCUCUAUAUGUGAGAGCUUCCUCAAGGGAUAUUGUGCUGAAGGAAAUGAGUGCCGGAAGAAGCACAGUUACAUCUGCCCUGAAUUUGAAGCCUCCGAAAGCUGCCCUCGAGGGUCAAAAUGCAAACUUUACCAUCCCAAAAAAGGAAAGUCCAAGAAACGGAAAGGUCAGAAAGAUCAGAAGAAUUCCAAGGGACGUUAUUUCGGUUCUGGUCUUUCAGUGGUUGCAGAUCCCGAGACAAGACCUAAUAUACUUGAGAAGCGUGUUGAACCGAAUAAAGUCAAUAGUGUUGACUUUCAAGGAGAUUUGGGUGAUUUUGUUAGCCUUGGUGUUAGUGAUGAUGAAGCACAAGAGGAUGAUGGUCUGUUGAGUGAGCAAACAACCAUCUUAUCUGAGGAUGGCUUUCUGAAUUCACAGUUGGAUGGUUUUGAUGAACUGAUAAAACCUCUUCGACUAUUGGGUAGGCUUUAGUGAAAUCCUAGGAUUUAGUCUUUAAACAGUCACUAACAGAGUAACAGCAGUCAUUGACAGGAUUAACUGAUUAAGCAAUAUUAUGGAGAUGCAGUCAAUCUGUAAAUGAGUUACUUAUUUGCAUUUCCUUUUUCUUUGGGUGUUUAAUUUAGGACGGGGGAGAGUGUUUUUAGUAUUACUCUUUUUUUUAUUUUUCUUGUACUUGGUAACGCCUUGUAAACUUGUGAUAACACUAACAAUUGUAAUGUUUCACGGUAAUGACUAUUGAGUUGAUUAAGAAUUUAAGACUGAGUGUUUGUGUACAA